CUGACUCAUGCAGAGAAACAGCCCCACCACCCACCCUGACAAAUGCCUGAAGCCCACAUGCAGCCGCAAACAUCACUGCCCACCACAGACCACAGAAGCAAGAAGCCUGUUUCCUGUUACUUGCCACCACUCAGCAAUGCCCACCCCAUAUGUAAACAGGUCUAGAAUGCUCAAAAUUGUUAUUUCACUGCUGCAACAUUGGAGCUGUCCAUCAUCUCGGACACACACUUUUGUAAACCAAUAACAAAGGAUCAACUUUCUUCUAGGUCUGAAUUGAAUACUUUGAGGCUAAAGCAUCUUAACUCAUUUAGGGGGUGGAAAAUAUUAACCCAAAUAAGCCUUACCUAA